GUUGCCCAACUCCAGUUGGUGCUUUUAACAGCAUAACUACCUAGGUAGGUAUUAGCUGUUUACUACACCAUACUGGCCCGCCGGUUCUUCCAUUGUCCCACCCCCCACGGCGAUCUGCCAAGGACAUACAAAUACACUUAGACCCUCGAUACAUUUCUCGGCUUCUUUAUUGGUUCGACCAGGCAUAUUUCUCCCUGGCCGUUGGGCAACUCAUCCUCUGUCCCAUCUGGCGGACCUUUGUUUUAAUCCCCGAUUCCAUCGUCGACCAUCUCCUUCUCGCCAGCUCGUUGCCCCACACUCAAACCUCUCUCUUCAUGACACCAUAGCGAUAUGGAUACUUUCCCGCCAGAAGUCAUUCUAGCUGUCGUGGAGCGGAUGGACAUCCGUUCGACGAGAAAUCUGAGGGCAACAAACAGGAGAAUGCACAAGAUAAUCAGCUCGUACGAGUACUCCAUCUGCCGGGCCCGCAUAGCAAGCUUCACGCUGCCGCCAGCGGGCGACGUGCUGUCGUCAGAGUACAGGCUGCGGCGGCCGCUGCGCUACGGUACGUUCGAGAUGGUGGAGGAGCUGGAGCGGCGGGAGCGCCAGUGCGACGACGUGCUUGGCGACGCCGCCCGGUUCGUUAACUUCACCACGCCGCCGGGCCUCGGGCCGCUCGACCUGGCGCAGCAGGCGCGGAUGCGCGCUCUCCUCCGCCAGGGUCUCAUGCGGUGCAACCAGCUCGCCGACAUCGCCGCAAAUCCACCGUGCGCUGCCGCUGCGCCCAAGUGGUACCGCCUGCUCGGCAUCGGCUUCUACGAGGACGCGAUGGCCAGCCGGCUCUCUCCCUCGCCGUCCUCCUCGUACUACUCCCCCGCCGGCUUCCGCGACGUCGACCCGUACACGAACUACCCCGCGCGGCCGCUCCAGCGGGCCUACAUCCGCAGCCUGCCACUGCUAGACCUCGCCAUCCUGUACGUCUGCGUUAACGCCAUGGGCCUCGGGUACCUCAGCCGCGCCGGGGCCGCGGUGGUGACGGACCCCGAGGUGUACGAGCGCGCGAUGGUUUUCGAGGAGUGCGUGCUCCGGCACGGGACGUGGUUCGCGCGUGCGGCGGUGUGCGGGGCGGGAAGCGACGGGGCGGAGGAGGGCGAGGGUGCGAAGGCGGCGGACGCUCGGUGGAAAACGAUGGCGCAGCACAUUCAAGAUCUGGGGAUGGUGGAGCUAGAGAACUACGAACACGGCGUCGAGGGCACGCUGCCGGCGCUUAAGUCGGGGCUGCUGCAGCGUUUCAAGGAGCUGGAGGACCUCCGCCACCUCCACCAGAGGAACCACCACCGUGACGGCGAUGGCGAUGAUGAGAAGAACGAUUACGGCGUCCCCGAUGGCGAGGAUGGCGGGCAGGCCGAGGACGAGGGAUGGGCCAGCCGCUUUGGUGUCCCUUAUAUAUUCCAAUUGUAUCGCGACAUGGUGUGCGGCCCCGACGGAGGCAAGGAGGCGGAGGACAUGAAUGAGGACGAGUACGAGCCGAUACCGACGCUUGUGAGGGUCGACGAGGUGAUGGAGUAGUACGAUUGUUCAUCGGCACGAGAACCCGGUCCUGGGCCGCGCAAGGAGUACGGAGUUGGAAUAUGGCCAAGAGGAGGCUGGAAGGCUCAGAUGACCGGACGAUUGCAGUGUCGCGAGAUUCUUUCAUGGACUAGGGAUCCGCAUCAUGGU